UGUGUGUGUGUUGUCAUAUAUUUUGUUCAAUUGCAUAUUUGAUUUUGAGGUUUUACGUGGCUAAUUGGUUAGGUUUUGUUUCAUUUGCAUUAGUAAAUUGGGACUUUAAUAGUAUUCUAGUUCUGAAAUUUCAGCUAGGUUUAUCGGUGCACAUUUGAUGGAUUUUUUCCUCAAAUAUUGUUGUUUUAUUUGUUGUUGAGAUUUGCAUUAUUGCUUAUUCGAUUGUUCUAGCAAUUUAGGUGUUUUUGAAUUGAUGUACCGACCUCCGGGAAGUUCUUGAUGAGUUGAUGACUAGUUCUUUUUUAAAGAAAAACAUUGAGAAAAAGAUAAUACAAGACAUAAAAAUAUCUCUUCUUGCAUAUUUUUAAUUUUUUAUUACAAUUUUGUUUGAACUUUUAAGUAAUUUAGUGUUACUUAGACUCUUAACACAAAUUCAGUAAGUUCUAAGAAUGGUAUAGAUAUACAAACUUGUUUAGAAAGAGACAAGAGAAGCAUACGGUGCAAAAUGCAAACAAAUUUUAUUUUGGUUAUAGAUUAUACACACUCUCCUAUAGGCUCCAGCUACUACCUAAAAGCCUGUACGAGAGUAGAAAUGUCAAAAAUUGUCUGUUGUUGGCCACUCAAGUAGUUACUGAGUGAUUUUAGUGUUGGUCAUAAAGGGUUUUAAAUUUGGCUGGCUAAUGCUUAAUGACUGACCUACUAUAUCAGCAAUGCUAAACCUUUGCGAUCAUCGGUAGGAUUGGAAUCUGCAAAGAUCAGAGAACCAGGUCUUUCUAGCAGUAACUACAGGUGCAGAUGUUGUAUUUUACAUGGAACCGACUGAUUUAGACACACAUGAUUUCAGUAAUUGCUACAUGAUCAUAGUUCAAGUUAGUGAAUAUGGAGAAUGGCUAUAAUUAUAGAGCUAUCAAAAGAUGGAAUUCACAAUGGAAGCUAGGUUACUGCCUAUUGGACUGUGAUAAAAUAUUUGUCCCCAUACACAAAGACAUACAUUGGUGUUUGGCAGUUAUCAAUAAGAAAGAUCAGAAGUUCCAAUAUCUUGAUUCACUAAAAGGAAGAGAUCAUAAUGUGCUGAGAGCACUGGCAAAGUACUUUGCUGAAGAAGUGAAGGACAAGAGUGGGAAGGACAUUGAUAUAAGUUCUUGGGAACAAGAAUUUAUUGACGAUCUUCCUGCACAGGAGAAUGGGUUUGAUUGUGGCAUGUUUAUGUUAAAAUAUAUCGACUUCUAUAGCAGAGGCUUAAGUAUUUGUUUUGAGCAGGAACACAUGCCCUAUUUUCGUUUAAGGACCGCCAAGGAAAUUCUAAAACUGAAAGCUGAUUGAUCGGAUGUGUAUGCCGGCUUUCUUCAACUACUUUCGAAGGCCUUACUAGGAAUUGAAAUGGUGUUCAAAGAGAUUGCUUCUUAUGAUCUGAUUUUUCGAUAUAAAUAGUGGACAAAGUAUGGAUAUUUCUUGUCAUUUGCAUUUACUGCUGUUAGUAAAAUAGGAUUCUCUUAUUAGGAUCUUAGUUUCUUCACUUGUAUUAGUCUCAACAAUGGCUUGCAUUGCAUUGGUGUUGAUUUUACCUAAAU